AUGUUGAAUUUGUUUACCCUUCGGAGGCUUCCAUGGAGUCCCAAUAGUUGUAGUCAGGGAAAGGUUGAAUUAACAGCUGCGGAAGUAGAGUCUCUUCGAUCAGAACUUGUUGAUUUAGAAGAGAAGGAGGCUCAGUUAAAAGCUCAGUUGGAAAAUAUUGAUGAAAUUUUACGGUCAGCUCGUCUAUCUGGAUAUUUAUUCAUCCGAACUAGAUGGGCGGCACUACCGGGUGAACCUCCAACUAUUGACGAUACCGAUGUAGAUGAUUGGCUUCCUCGCUUUGUUGUUCUUCAGGGUGAAUGCCUAUUCUUAUAUUUGUUAUGUACAGACUUAAGUCCUCAAGAUUCAACGCUUCUAUCUGACAUUGUUGAAGUAAACCAAUUACCAAGUUUUAGGCGUGAAGAUGGUGAGAUGAGAUACGCCUUUUGUAUUUUAACUCGACAUGGUUUACGAUACGAAUGUUCAAGCAGUUCUAAGAUACAGGUGGAUUCGUGGUUAUCAGCUCUACAAUCUGACUGUAAACUUAAAUCUGAUACAUCAACUUCCAAUGGUUCAAUACAGAUGUAA